AUGCGCUCGGCCUUCCUCGUCGUCGCGCUGCUCGCACGCGCGGCCGCCCUCCGGCUCGUGUACGUGCAUGGUGUCAGUCCAGAGGGCCCGGCUCACCCGCGCCUCGCAAAGGUCCGCGAGGCCGUUCAUGGCGUGGAGGUGGUCGCGCCCGACAUCACCGGCGGCGGCGACUCCUACGAGCAGUGCACCAUCAGUGCCGCUCUGCGUGUGCUCCACUCCUGCUGCGAGGCCGAGGAGGGUCCCGUCUCAAUUUGCGCCAGCUCCUUUGGCGCAUUCGUUGCGCUGCUCUUCGCGGCCAGGCAUCCGGAGAAAGUGAGCCGACUCUUCCUGCUCGGGCCCGCGCUCGACAUGAAGGCCAACCUGCCUCUCUUUGUCGACGAGGACGGGAUGGCGGCGUGGCGCGAGGAGGGCGUUCGCGAGAUGGGCCCCGGCGUUCGGGUGGGGUGGCCGUGGGCGCAGGAGAUCCUGGACCUCGCUGCGGGCGACUGCCCUCCGCAACCGCUCUGCCCGAUCACCCUCGUCAUGCCUGAGUCGGACGUGCCGCGCGCCAAGGGCUUCCUCGACGCCACGCCCGCGGCGGCCGCGCCACGCCGCGUCCUCGCGACUCAGGGCUGGAAGCCGUACCAGGCCGACGCGGGGAUCGAGGCGGUGCUUCCGCACCUGACGGCGUGGGCCGAGGCGUGCGCCGAAGGGAGCGCCCUCGGCCUCAGCGAGAGCGGCGCAGGCUACACGGUCGACGUGCUCCCGGCGGCAGACGGCGCAGUCUCGGCGGCAGCCGCAGCCGCAGCGGCCGCGUCACCAGAGCGCGAGUCUGUCCGCCGGCUGCAGAUCCGGCCGGAGGACGUCGACGGCUUCCACAAGUCGUGGCGGUCGCACUUCCCCCCGAGCCACGAGAUCCACAGCUACAAUGCGAGGGAGGACCCGGCCGGCGCCGCGCGCGCCGUCGCCGCGUCGUUUGCGCACGCUACAAAGUGGCUGCCGAGCGACGUCGUGUCGGAGCUGCUCGACUUCCCCUUCAGCGCCGACGCGCCCGCGGCCCUACUCCUCUCCGGGCUGCCGGUCGAUGAGGCGCCGCCCGACACUCCGAUCGUCUCGGCGGUGCAUGGCAUCGGCACGGAGCUCGCACAGCCGCGCGUGCCGGUGGCCGAGUCGUGGACUCUCGGCCUCGCGCGGCUGCUCGGCCACCCCUUUGUGCCUCCCUUCUUCGACAAGGGCCACCGCGGCGGCCUCGUCCGCGACAUGGUUCCCGUGCCCGGCGUCGAGAACUUGUGCGGCCUGCUCGGGCUGCAUAGGGACUUCCCGGCGAGCGUCUUCGCUCCCUUCCCCGAGCCGGAGACCUUCCUGCUGGUCGCUGUGCGCGGGGACCCGUCGCACGUCGCGCGAACGGUGGUGGUUGACUCAGAGAAGCUGAUCGCGAGCCUCUCCGCCGCCGACGUGGCGCUGCUCUCGAAGCACGAGAUGCAGGCGCAGGUGGUGCUGCCCAACGGCACGGCAGUCGACCAGGGCGCGCCCUUCCUGCCGAUCGCACCGCGGGAGGGCCGCGCCGCCGCCGCGACGCUCUUUGUGCCCGACGCCGGCGCGCACGGCGAGGGCGCCGUCGGUCGGAUGGUCAGUCCGGAGGGCGGCGCGGAGGUGGAGGCGGCGUGGGAGCGCAUGAUGGCGGUCGGGCUCGAGGUUGCCGAUUACGUCGACCUCCAGGCGGGCGAUUGCCUCAUCCUCAACAACGUGCGCUGCUGCCACGGCCGGACGGCGUUCGAGCCGAAGCUCGACGGCAACGAUCGCUGGCUCGUCAAGAGCUACGUGACGAGUGACUUGUGGAAGCGGCCCGCGACUGGCAAGUACGGCGCGGAGGCGUAUCCAAACAUGGUGACGCGGGCGGUGGAGCGAGUGCAGGACGGGCAGCAGCACCAGUGCCGGGAGGGGCACGUCUUCUGCGCCUCCUGCGACUCCAACCUGCGAGCCCCGCGCCGCUGCCCCGAGUGCCGCAUGGCUCUCGGACCGCUGAGCCAGGCGAUUCGAUGCCGAAGCCACGAGGAGAGUAUCGCGGCGCUGCCGGCGGCGUGUUCGCACUGCGGGGUGGCGACGACCCGCGGCGAACUCGCCGCCCACGAGCAAGGCUGCCCGCAGCGGCCGCGCGCGUGCGCCGCGGCGGAGGCUGGCUGCGCGUGGUCGGGGCUGCUGGCAGACAAGGCGGCGCACGAGGCGACGUGCCCCUUCGCCGUGUGCCAGCGCAUGAUGGCGCCGCUGCGAGCCCAAGUGGCGGCACAGGGUGCGGAGAACGAGCGGCUGCAGGCCCAGUUGGCAGCGCAGGGAGUGGAGAACUCACAGCUGCGGUCGCGCGUGGCGGCGCUGGAGGCGGGCGAGGGCGGCGAGGAGGGAGGGCGGCGGGUGCGGCAGCGCGUGGGCGCUGCGCCGCAUGACGCGCCCCCGAGCAAUGCGGAGGUGCGGUCGAUGGACGUGGCGGCGGCGGCGGCGGCGCUGCGCGUGCACGUGUCGGAUAGCCGCGUUGCUGUUGCGGCGUGCAAGCGCUUGGCUAUUCUGUGCAAAGAGGUGCAUAACAGGCAACCUGCGGCGGAGGCGGGCGCGAUCGAGGCGAUCGUGGCGGCGAUGCAGGCUCACCCGCAGGUGGCGGGGGUGCAACAGCAAGGCUGUGCGGCGCUGGCUAAGGUGUGCUUCGGCACCGACGCCGCAGGGCUCGCACGCAUACAGCGCGCAGCAGACGCGGGCGCGAUCGAGGCGACAGUGGCGGCGAUGCAGGCUCACCCGCAGGUGGCGGAUGUGCAGCAGUAUGGCUGUUUUGCGCUGGGCAACGUGUGCUCCGGCACCGACGCCGCAGGGCGCGCACGCAGCCAGCGCGCAGCAGACGCGGGCGCGAUCGAGGCGGCUGCGGCGGCGAUGCAGGCUCACCCGCAGGAGGCGGGCGUACAGGAGGAAGGCUGCCGGGCGCUGGUCAACGUGUGCUUCGGCGACGACGCCGAGGGGCGCGCACGCGAGCAGCGCGCAGCAAACGCGGGCGCGAUCGAGGCGGUUGUGGCGGCGAUGCAGGCUCACCGGCAGGAGGCGGAGGUGCAAGAGCAAGGCUGCCGGGCGCUGGGCAACGUGUGCUCCGGCACCGACGACGACGCAGGGCUCGCACGCGAGCAGCGCGCAGCCGACGCGGGCGCGAUCGAGGCGGCUGCGGCGGCGAUGCAGGCUCACCCGCAGGUGGCGGGCGUGCAAGAGCAAGGCUGCCGGGCGCUGGGCAACGUGUGCUAUGGCGACGACGCCGCGGGGUUCGCACGCAUACAGCGCGCAGCCGACGCGGGCGCGAUCGAGGCGGCUGCGGCGGCGAUGCAGGCUCACCCGCAGGUGGAGGCAGUGCAGGAGUUUGGGUGCUGGGCGCUGCGCAACCUCCGGGCGCAGGGCGUGUCCGCCGUGUCCGCCGUGGGCUUCUGCUGGGGGGCAUGGGCUGCGUGCAAGGCCGCCGUUGAGUCGCAGCGCCAGCAGCAGCGACAGCAACAGCAGCAGCAACACCAACAGCAGCAGCAGCAGCGUUUCGAAUGCGUCGUGGGCAUCCACCCGGCGCUGCAGCUGGAGCGGCUAUUGACGCGUGGCGGCAGCGAGCAGGCGCUGGCAGAGGCGCUGGGGCACACGCCGCUGCUGCUGCUGCCCGCUGGCAACGACAAGCCGGAGGCGAAGCCCGGCGGCGUGGUGCCGCGCACGCAGGCGCGCGCGCGUGGCGUGGACGAGGCCACGGUCAGCAUCGAGUUCCCCGACCAGGCGCACGGCUGGGUGGCGCGCGGCGACGACGGCGACGCCGCCGUGGCCCGCGACCAGGCGCGCGCCCUGGAGCUCACGGCGGCGUUCCUCCGCGCGCACGGCACCCACGCGCCGCGGGCUCCGUCGCGCCCGGCGGAGGCAGAUUACGCGCUCGCGCCUGCGCCCGGCGGUGUUGAUGGUGGCACCGACGCGCCGCUCCUGGACAAGCAGGCAUUGUAG